AUGGAGAACGUGCUUAGUUAUAUACGUUCACAAAAACCUAUCAAGGCACCUUACACAACCAUACCAAAACUUGUACAAAAAUGGGCAUCUCUAAAGCCAGAAAAUGAAGUCUGUGUUUUCUACAGUCAAACCUUGACAAGAAAAUCAAUUACAUACGGCCAGCUUUAUGAGGAUUCAUACAAACUAGCGAAAGGACUUGUACGUAAAGGCAUUGGGAGGGACGAUAUCGUGGGUGUUGGUGGAAACAACACACCAGAAUGGCUUGUGAGUACUUUUGCUGUACAACUAGCAGGUGCCCGCCCCAUCCACUUUCCCUUCUUGGACAAAUCGGGAAAUGGAAUAAAGGAUUUGUUGAACAGCAUUGGAGGAUGUUCCAUGUUGAUCUUUGACCCGGGACAUGAGGAUGGCCACUGGAAAACAAUUCAGAAUCUCGCAUCAGUUGAUCCAGAAACGGGCUCUGUAAAGAGAUCCGAGAUAUUUGGUCUUAAGUGGAUUGUACUAGAAAGUCCAUUGAGUUCAUCAGAAAAAUUCUUCACGAUAUCUGACCUGUUCUGCGACGAUGUAAUCACUUUACCAGAAAUAGACCCGGAAGAUACUGCAAGCAUUUUAAUGACGUCAGGCAGUACAGGACGUCCAAAGACUGUGGAAUGGAGCCAUUAUUUCUUUAUCCAAAAUGCCCAUAAAUUAGACGAUGCCAUGGACAUUGCUGGAAUAUUAGAGAAACAAGAAGUACCUGUCUACCUCAAUGAUCGGCCAUUCUUUUGGAUAGGAGGGUAUCCUUUCUGGUGUACCAUAACAGGAGGAACACGUGUAACUCUAUCAAGUACACUUGCGUUUUCAUCGAUAUCUGAAAUGGUCAACUUCUCAACCAAGAUUGCAGUGAAAGAAAAAGCAAACAGUGGAUUCUUUAUUGUUCCAUUUCUUUUGGAAUUGCUUGCCAUGAAAAAUUUCCCCUUGAAAUUCCACUCUGUUAUAACUGGUGGACAACCUGUACCAGCAAAUUGCUUGUCUGGUAUAGGUAUAAAGUAUGAGGUUAUUUCAGACGUAUAUGCAGCUUCUGAACUUGGGUCCAUUGCACAAAAUACAUAUCGUUCAUCGUCUGCUUCAGUCGGAAAAUUUCCAGCUGUUGGAACAGAAAUUAAAGUCGUAGGAUUUGAUGAAAGGAUGGUCCCCCUAGAAGAGAAUGGAGAAAUUCUAGUUCGAUCCUCUCCCUCCUUUAGAGGAUACGUUAAGAAUGAAGAACGAACCCAGAAAGUAAUGACUUCGUCUGGAUGGUACAAAACGGACGAUUUUGGUCACAUCACAAAGGAAGGUCACUUGGAAGUACUCGGAAGGGUGUCUGACGUCAUGUUGAUUUCGGGAUUAAAGGUUUUACCCUCAGCUAUUGAAUCUAUCAUUAAGAAACACCCAGAUGUGAAGCAAGUUAUCGUUUUCUCCAUAAAGGAUGUUAAGCACGCAGACGACAUUCCUUGUGCUGCCAUUGUUAGAAAGGACGGAGCGAUGGUAACCGAAGAAGGUUUGUGCGACUUUGUCCGCAAAGAAAUUAAUAUUGACGACGAGGCUGUUUUUAUAGAAAACAUAUAUGUUCCCAAAUACAUUAUUUUUCACAAGAUGGAUUUUCCAAAAACACAAACUGGAAAGGUAGAUAGAAGUGCGACAAAAAAGAUAUCCAUUCCUCAUCAAGACAAUCUGAAGUAAUAUUUUUCUCAUGUGAUAAAUUGAUA